AUGAAACUUCUUUUGGCUUUUUUUGCUGUACUUUACGUUGUACAAUCAUUACCAGCCAAACAACCAAGUUCAGCGGUAAAAAUACCAGAACCACAGAAAACAUUGCUGCACACGUCAGAUCUUGAAGAAGACAGUGACGAAGAUGAAGAAUCAGUAAUACUCGGGGAUGUAACAUCAACUACUUCCACAACAAGAAAACCAUACAACAGAUGGUCAUCAACGCGAACAAACAGACUUUUUGUAACAUCAUCGCGUCCCACUGAUCAAAGUGGUUUUGGGUCGACUCUUGAUAGCCUUAGCAGAAUAUUUGAAUUUAUACAAAAUUUGCUCAAAAAGAUCAAGGCAGUAUUCAACUCUAACAAAUAUUCAACAAAUGAAGGAGAAGACGAUUAA